AAACAUCAAAAUAAUCAUGGCUGCUCUCCUAAAGAAGAGAGCUUUGGCGGAGUUUAGCCAAGUUUUACAGGAAGAGCCGCCGAAACCCCUCAAGAAACUAUGCAUCUCCAAGAAGCCGGCGCCGCAGAAGACCAUCGACGUCGCCGAUGUUUUGAAAUCUGGGAGCUCCACAGAUGUAAUCAUGAUGCUGAUUCAACUGACGGAGGCAGUGCCUACGCAGCCGGAGGAGGUGCUGGGCGUGUACCGCUGCCUGUUGGAGCGCUUCCCCGCCGAGAAAGAGAGCACGGUCCGGGCCAAGCUGGCAGCGGUGGCGGGGCAGCUGGUGCGGGGGGCUGCCCUGGACCCCGGCCUGGCCCUGGACGACCUGGCCGCGCUGCUCCGUUCCGAGACAUCCCACGGGGUCCUGGCCGCCCUGGUGGACGCUCUGCAUGCGGUCGGCCUGCAGACGCCCGGCGACAGGCGCCUCCGCCAUAGGGCCGUGCAGCUCGCCCGCCAGACGCUGAGCGACAGCAACCACAGGGUGAAGUGCAAGUGUCUGCGGCUGCUGAGCGACCUCCUGCCGACGGACGAGCGGCCGGAGGCAGCCUCGGGGCUGCUGUCCACCCUGAGCGACUUCAGCAACAACCAGGACCCCCGGGUCAGGACGGAGGCCUUCUGCGCAAUGCUGCGCCUCCACAGCCGUGGCCUGAGGCUGGAUCUGUCCCUGUACGAACACGUCACGUCUGCACUGGACGAUGACUACGAGAGCGUUCGCAUAGCGGCCCUCAAGCUCCUAGAAGUCCUGAGCCACAUCUACAGUGACCACCUGGUGCGGGUCCGGAACAGCCAGGAGCAGAUCCGGCUCGCCGACGACGCCUUUGCCAAGAUCUGCCAGAUGAUCGGCGACCUCUCCAUGAACGUCAGGAUAGAGGCCGCCUCCCUCAUGGGCACGAUGGACCACGUGAGCUCUCACUUCCUGGAGCAGACGCUCGACAAGAAGCUCAUGUCCAAUUUAAGGCGCAAGCGUUCGGCGCACGAGCGGCAGAAGGAGAGCUACGAGAGCGGGGAGUGGUCCUCGGGCCAGAAGUGGGCGGACGACGCCCCCCGGGAAGAGCUGGACGCCCAAAGUGUCAGUCUCAUGGGCUCCGGGGCGUGCGGAGCCUUCGUCCACGGCCUCGAAGACGAGUUCCUCGAGGUGCGGUUGGCCACCCUGGACUCCUUGUGCAAGCUGGCACUGAAGUUCCACUCCUUUGCGGCCCAGUCGCUGGACUUCAUAGUGGACAUGUUCAACGACGAGAUUGAGGAGGUGCGCCUGAAGGCCAUCCAGUGCCUGGGGCGCAUCAGCAACCAGAUCGUGCUCAGGGAGGACCAGCUCGAGACCAUCCUGGCCGUGCUUGAGGACUUCUCCAUGGACAUCCGGGAGGCCCUGCACGAGGUGCUGGGGGGCUGCUGCCUCUCGACCAAGGAGGGGCUCAAGGCCUGCGUGGACAACCUUCUCGAGAACCUCAAGCGCUACCCGCAGGACAAGCGCUCCCUCUGGAGGUGUCUCCGGCUGCUGGGUACCAAGCACCCGUACCUGGUCCUUCCCCUGGUACCCGAGCUGCUGGGCAUUCACCCGUACUUCGACCUCCCUGAGCCCGAUGUGGAGGAUCCUGCCUAUAUCAGCACCCUGAUCCUGGUGUUCAAUGCGGCGGCGGGGUGUCCGACCAUGAUGCCGCUGUUCGAGGAGCACACGCUCAGGCACUACUCCUACCUCAAGGACUCCUUCCCCAGCCUGGUGCCUCAGCUGACUCUCCCGAACCAGCAGAGCCAGGCGGUGGGUGCUUCCUCGCCGUCCUUGGCCCAGUCACAUGCCUUCCUGCACCAGGUGUUGGAGCGGGUGUCAGCUGCGGAGCUGAAGCAGUCUGUGGCCAGGCAGAACUGGCUCGAGACGGCUAUCAGGGACCUGCGGAGGUUGUCGGAGAUCGAGCCUCGGCUCACGGCCGCCGCCGACUGCGCCGGCCUCUACGUCCGGUGCCAGCUGCUCCUCGCAAAGAUCCUGUCCAACAAGAGCUGGCUCAACUUCUCCGCCGCGUCGCCCCUGCAGAGCAACGCCCUCAAAUCGCUGUUGGAGCAGCUACUCCAGCAGACGUUGAGCCUGAACCAUCAGUUCCUGGGCCUGGAGCGGCAGGAGGAGGCAGCCCUGCGACAGCUGCGGCUGCGGGCCCUGGCCCUGCAGCUGGUGGUGGUCAUCCGGGGCAGCAACAGCUCCGCCCUGGGCCUGUGCGAGGCCUUCCUGGACCAGGUGGAGCUGCUGCAAGCGUUCCUGGAGCAGCACAGCUUGGAGCCAGACCCAUUCACGACGGCCAUGCUGCGGGACAUGGACGCCCUGGAGGAGCCCAAGCCUGGCUCGGUGGCCAGAGUGCUGCAGCCCCUGCUCCAGGCGCACGCCUGCCCCACCCUGCGCCUCUGCUGCCCUCGCGGGGGAGGCACGGGCCUGGAGCGCAUCAAGCAGACGCGGGCCACGCUCUACGAGCCAGCAGGAGAGACGGACCUGCCACACAAGUUCACCGCUGGCCUCGUGCUGGCCAUCACCUUAGACGCCGAGAUCGACAACGUCUGGGACGUCGGGAAUGUCAGGGUCAAGGUGAAGUACCCGGACAAGCAGGUGCAGCUGAUCCUACCCCGCCUGGCCGACUUCCGCCAGCUGGAGGACUUCAAGUACCGGCUCUACACCAGCGUGCUCCUCUCCCACAGCGUCUGGUCCGAGGCCCUGCACGUGGAGGUGGGCCUGGUGCUGGACUUUGCGGACACGGAUGCGGCCCAGAGCAAGGGCAGCCAGAAGACCGGGCUGGGGCUCCGGCUGGAGGACCACACCAUCGAGCUGUGCCGGCCGGUCAAGGUCUUCGUCGCUCCCAAGCCCAUCAAGAAGGGCCUCUGAGGCCCAAGGGGGGUAACCCCCUGGCAACGAGUACCACCCGAGUUUCUUGCGGGAGCCAGAAUGUUGGCAUUUGGAGGGGAUUAAAAGAGGCCCCCGGGCACGUGAAGCUCGGCCGAUAUCUCUUUGCUCCAUCGCUGUACUCGCCGACGGCAGGGAGGAUUUUCUCCCUUGGACGACACUGCUCGUUGGCCUCGUGCACACGGAGGCGUUCCGGAGGGGUGCCUUGCGGCUCUCACUUGGUCGGCGACUGUUUUGCGAAGGACAGAAAACCAAUUCCCGAGAUUUCGGAAAAAGCUUGAAACCGCUGGCAACGGUGAUUAGAUGGCUCAAGCGUCGUUCCCUGUGGCUCUAGUUUCUGCUGCGCGACGGGCGUUGGAGGCUUCGGCUGUGCCACUCCAGCCAGGCUGGCCCCUCCCCCCUACACCGGGGUGCCGGACACACCGACCAGUCGCUGUCCGAGUAACGUUGCAGUGAGAGACAAAAGAACUCUGCGUUGCCAAGUGGCAAAGAACACUGUUUGGAUAUAAGAAGGGUUCCGUGUUUUCAGUAAGUACCGGCAGACAGCAAAAAUGAAUUUCGAGCCCGUCUUAUUGAAAUGGAGGGUAAAUCGAAAGACCUUGAAUCAGAAGGACCCUAGGUUUUCUGUAAGAGGUCGCAAGUCGGCAAGCCAGAGUGGAAAG